AGCUUCACUCAACACAAACGUAUUCAUACAAGGGAGAAACCAUAUCACUGUGAUAUCUGUGGUAAAUCAUUCUCUCAAAGCAGCAGCUUAACGAAUCACAAACGUGUUCAUACAGGAGAGAAACCAUAUACCUGUAAUAUCUGUGGUAAAUCAUUCUCUCAAAGCUGUAGCUUAACACCACACAUACGUAUCCAUACAGGAGAGAAACCAUAUUGCUGUGAUAUCUGUGGUAAAUCAUUCUCUCAUAGCGGUAGCUUAACUACUCACAAAUGGGUUCAUACAGGAGAGAAGCCAUAUUCCUGUGAUAUCUGUGGAAAAUCAUUCUCUCAGAACAUUGGCUUAACUCAACACAAACGUGUUCAUACAGGGUAGAAACCAUACCCCUGUGAUAGCUAUGGUAAGACGUUCUCUGGAAACAGUCACUUAACUAUCCACAAAUGCAUUCACACUCAAGAAAAAUCAAUUCACAGUGAUAUCUGUGGCAAAUCAUUUACACAAAAUCAUUUCUGAUUUAAACAGAAGUCUUUCCUUAUGAAGUGGGUCCAUAACACAGUGAUAUUUGUUGUACAACAUUUCCUCAGAAGGACAAAGGACGUAUGUCAUAAAGACAUCCACAGAAUAUAGAAACUAUAUGAAUGUGACAUCUAUAGUAAAUCUUUGACAUGAAAUCAUCCAUUAUUGAAUCAAAAGAGCAUUGACAGAGGAAGGAAAACAUAUCACUGUGAUGUUAAAUCUGAAUCAUUCUUUCAAAAUGGUGAAUUGUUUGUACACAGUCCUAUUAAUAUGAAAGAUAUAAUCUAUGAAAAUGGAUCAAUUAUUGAAAUGUAAAUGCAUUCAUACAGAAGAGGAACCAUAUCACUAUGAUGAUGAUAAUCAUCACCAUUUAAAUUUCAGUUAUUCAUGCUUCUGUCUAUCACAUGGACUUCAUUGAUGGAGAUUUUCUUCACCCGGGUACCUUUCCUGUUGCCAAUCCACAUAUGUUUCCAAGCAAGGAAACGUUUUCCAUGGUGAGACGUAUUCCACACAGAAGACUGGAAAUGACCAACUGCAUUUGUAUGAUGGUCAUUUACAAACAUCACAUCUGGACAAGGGUACACACACACAUAUGCAUGUCUGGAGAAAUUCUUAUAGGAAAUAUUUUACAUGUUUUCUCUUCAUCUAAAAGUUUGUGAUUCCUAUUAGGAAAUGAAACACAUGUAAUGCUGAAUAAAUGAUAUCA